CUUGAGUGUGCAACAGCAGUAAACUAAUAAGUCUUUUUCCUUACUUCUACUUGUAUAAAACCCUUCUCCAGCAAACAUGAAGUUCGUCGUCGCCGUAGUCAUGUUGGCUCUUGCCGUUGGCGUGCACUCAUCUCUGUUGACAGCCCAUAUCGCACCAGCCGUGUCGUAUGUCACCUCAUCACUGCACCCAGGCCCCCUACUCGCGCAUGGCGCCUACGGCGGACUUGGAGGACUCGGCCCAUGGGGCGCACCAGCAGCAGUUAGCGCAUGGGGUGUUCCCGGUCUGUUGGGUGGCUAUCCCGGCAUUUCGCUCAGUCAGGGUCCACAUGGCGCUGGUAUUGCUGCUCCGCUCGCCUUGGGACAUGGUGCUGGUGUGUACGUGGCGAAAACACGCGGUGCUGUGCAUACUGCCCCCUUGCCCGGUCACAUCACCUCAGCGACUUCUCUGAAUAUAGCCCCAGCUCCUGGCACGCACUAAGUAUCUCAAUCGACAGACAUCUUGUUACCCCCAUCCGUCCAGUCCAGCGAUUCACAGCGAUUUCGCACACAUACGAGGAAAUACAUAUGUACAUAACUACACAUAAACACAUUAUACAUGAAACAAAUGCAACAACAACAAUUCGACGACAACGAUGCCAAACCAAGGAUGCAACUGUAUAUAUAGCAUUAUACAUAUAUGUUUUAUUUUUUUUUCAUUAAUAUUGAUAAUCCGUUUCCUUUUCCGUAAUUCGUUAUCCGCAACCGCAACCCGCAAACUGAUCAAUGAAAUGUUUAUAUUUCGUUUUAUUAUUUAAUAAUAUACUAUGUACAAUAUGUUGUACAAACAUACUUACAAAUGUAUUUCAUGUUAUUUACUUAGCUAUACAUACAUACUUAUCUACUUACAUACUUACUUGUUUUGUGUUUUAAGUAAGCGUGUUCGGGCAAAUAUCUUAGCCAGAAAUUCUUGACGAUACACCACAAAAUUAGAGGUGAAACGAAUGGAAUCCUGCGCUAUUCAUCGCGUUUAGAAUUGAAGUGCGAUAUGCCAUUUUCAAUUAAAUAAGUGGCAUAACAAGUGCAACAGCAAUAACAACAAUAAGAACAAACAGUGAUACAAAUACAAACAA